GUCCCUUAGGAGGAGACCUAAACAAUGACUACUAUUAUUCAUCAGUCUGAUGAAUAUGCAGAAAAUAAAAUGCUGUGUAGGAAAAGGCAUGGUAAAUUUAUCCCUUAUAGUCAGCCAGGCAGACAUAUCAAGUGGAAGCAAAUGUGUUUCUCCUAUUCCCAAGGCAUGGUGGACACAUUUAAACACUGAAACACAUAGUUAAGAGUGGCUGUACAAAAAAAAAAAAAAAAAAAAAAAAAAAAAAAAUCAACCUAGCCUACCCCCUAACUUCUCCCAUGUGUCUCCUUGUGCUAUAUCUGGCGGGCGACAGGAGGUAGUUUCUCAGACAGGCGGUAACAGAGCGGACUCUUCCCCUGCUCGCUGGAUCAGCAGCAGAUACAGGACUGUGGGCACAGAGAAUCCAGGAAAUUCCUGCAGACAUUGGGGAAGGGAUUUUGGCUUGCGUGCCUGUUAUUGGGAAAGCUGACAGGGUCGGAAGGGGGGAUUGUAACUGCCUGGAGUCAUUUGGAAAGAGAAAGAGACACAGAGAAAGACAGAGAAAACAGGCCUCAUGACAUCUUUUAGCGCUGUCGCUUUCUUUUAUCUUUCAUUCACACUAAUUUUUUCUGACUGAACAAGCUGGGACUUCAGGUUGAGAGCCAUGGUUAGGAUGAUGACCCAGGAACAGUGCCCUCAUAGGAACAAUGUCCAGAGCACUGAAAAACCACAAGUGUAUAAAGUGGGGAUCUAUGGCUGGCGGAAACGUUGCCUUUACUUCUUUGUCCUCCUCCUCAUGAUCCUCAUUUUGGUCAACCUCGCUCUCACCAUCUGGAUCCUCAAAGUUAUGAACUUCACCAUUGAUGGCAUGGGUCACCUGCGUAUCACUGAGAGAGGCCUGAAAUUGGAGGGUGAUUCGGAAUUCCUUCAGCCGCUGUAUGCCAAAGAAAUCCAGUCCAGACCAGGAAGUGCGUUGUUUCUGCAAUCAUCUAAGAAUGUGUCUGUCAACAUCCUCAAUGAGAAGAAGCAAUUAGUAUCUCAACUUGUUGCAGGCUCUCGUGGAGUUCACGCACAGGGCAAAAUGUUGGAGGUAAAAUCAAGUUCAGGGAAACUGUUGUUCUCUGCUGAUGACCAUGAGGUGGUAGUUGGUGCAGAGAGAUUACGAGUUAUGGGAGCGGAGGGAGCCGUGUUCAGUAACUCCGUGGAGACGCCACAUGUGAGGGCCGAGCCCUUUAAAGAGUUGCGGCUCGAGUCUCCCACACGUUCACUAUACAUGGAGGCCCCUAAAGGUGUGAAAAUAGAAGCUGACGCAGGUGAUUUCCAAGCAACCUGCAGGAGUGAUUUGCGCCUGGAGUCUAAAGACGGAGAGAUCAGCUUGGAUGCCAGGAAAAUCAAGCUCCUACGUCUGCCGGAAGGAAAAGCAUCCCCCUCUGGAACCAGACAGAUUGUCUUUGAGGUGUGUGUUUGUCCCAAUGGAAAACUCUUCUUAUCACAAGCAGGAACUGGCUCCACUUGCCAGAUCAGCAACAAUGUAUGCCUCUAAAUACUCACAGACUCACCUACACACACACACACACUACAGUACAAUCACACACAGAGGACCUGUUCCUCUUGAAAAAUUUAAUCUUGACAAGAACUUAAGGAUUUUCUCAAGAUUUAUGAAAACACUUCGGAGUGACAUUUGCUCUGUUUGCAAAACAAUGUCUGAACCAGAAACUUUCGAGGUGAUCACCGGAACAUCAAUACAGUUGCCAUUCAGAUCCAUACUUUGCUUUUUCUCUUUCAGAUCCUUAUAUAUAUACUUAUAUAUUUUUGCAGCCAUUUUACUGAAGAGAGUCCUGUGGAUGAUUUUUCUUUUACAGGCCAAUUAAAGGGAUAGUUCAACCAAAAAAAAAAACAAAAAAAACAUUGUCAUUAUUUACUCACCUCAGUUUCCAAAUGGUGUUUUCUGUCUAAAAAAAUCUCUUUUUGUGUUCAACAGAAGAUAAAAAGUUAAUCAGGUUUGGAAAAACAUGAGUGUGAGUAAAAUAUGACCGAAUUUGUAUUUUCAGGUGAACUAUCUCUUAAAAUAUGUUUAUUUAAAAAAAAAAAAAAAAAAAAAAAAAAAAAGAGAAAACAA